AUGCAUUAAGUUUUACUUGCAAAUAAUUGGAAAGAGGGAGAUUUUGAGUAAGAUCCUGACACCGAGCUUAAAGCACUUGAAUAUGUACUCCGAUAAAAAGCUGAAAGAAAUAAAAAUGAUACUUACAUGGAUACAAUGGAUAACAUAUUUGAUACAUAGAAAAGAAUUGUUAAAAGUUAGCUUAAUCAAUUGAACAAAGAUCUCUAUCUUCAUCUUGACUAAAAUGAAUCAAGAAUAAUUUGUUUAAAUAAUAUGAUGCUAGAGAAAUAAAAAGAACUCCAAAUAUAAAAAGAGAAGAUGAGGAAAAGAUAAGAGCAGGAAAAAGCAAUAAAUGAUCUAGAUUUAUUACUAAAAAAAGUAAAAUAAAAAUAAUCAAUAUUGAAUAGCACUACUGUUGCUGAAGAAGAGGGAUAUAAAACAAAUAAUGAAUCUAAGAUCACAUUUGGAGAUCGAAUGCGCAUCAUGAGUAAUGAUUAGAAAAUGUUUUAUUUCUUUAAGAUCAACAGAUCUUAUUUAAUGGAAUAUGAUUAAUAAGAGUAAUACGAAGGAUUUAAAAAUGAUAGGAUAAGACAAAUUAAAAAGAAGUUCGAUGAGGAUGAAAAAAAAGAGAAAUUACUAAAAAAAUUAAAACGAUUAAAACUCAGACCAGAUUGGAGAACAUAAAAAUUAGGAAAAGAAGUUAAGAAGAAAGAUUUUUAAAGAAUUAAACUUGAGGAUUUAUAAGAAAUCAAAAUUGAUCUUCCAAAGAUUGCAAACAUAGAAAAUUCUAGCAAGAGCAUUCAUAAUUAAAAAUUAUACAAGGUACCAAGAAUACAUUCUAAUUCCAAAAACUUUGAUAAAGAUUAUGGCACUAAAAAUUUUGAAGAACAAUCAUUGUUCAUAAGUGCAAAACCUUUAAGGAACAUGAACCAAACAGUUUAUAACUCUAUUGAUUACACUACCCAGAAACUUUUAGAUAAUGAGAAAAACAUUAUAACCAAAGUCAAUGAUAGUCAAAAUCUGACACCAUUGAAAUCUAAAAAAUAUUUGAAUGCAGGUGAAAUAAAUUAUAAGACUUAAGUGAAGUUCUUAAGAGAUAAAUUAGAUUAAAAUGAGAUUUACAAAACCUAAAAAGAUAUUGGAGAAAUGCCUAAAAAUAAAUCUAUUUUCAAUUCUUCUUAAUCAAACAAAUAUUCUAAUCAGCUUUUUAAAACAAUCUUUAAUAAUGGAUCUUAAACUAUCCAAGGAGAAAUUAAAGAAUGUGAUUAAUAAGAGCAAAAGGUUCAAAAAGAAGUUUAUGAUUUGAAGUAUUAGAUGUUUGAAUAGAGAAUCCUGAACGAAUCAUUUGAUUAAAUAACUAAUACAGUCAAAGAGCUUGACUUUGCCAAUCAUAAUAUAGUUGGAUAACUUUAUGACUAUAGAAUGAAGUCAGUGAAUGAAAGCAAUGAAUAGGCUAGUGUUUUUGGCAAGAAGCUAAGAUAAGUUAACAGCUAUUCAAUCAAGGUCUAGAGAGCACUCUAGGAGUAAUCUCAUAAAGAAAGAAGGAAGAUCUUGCAAAGUCUAACAAAGAAUACAUGUUUAUGA